AUGGAGCUUCAGCCUCAGGUACUUGCAGGCCCUGGCUGGGGGAGGGAUUCCAUCCAUCUCAGGGGGGGCGCCCUCAGCCCUGGGCGACACGGCCCUGCAUGCUCUCCUCCCGCAGGAUCCUUGCCAGCUCCCACGUGCGGCGUGCUGAACAACGACACGGGAGACUGGAGUUUGACUGUGACCCCCAGUGUGAACGCGUCUGACGUGACAGUGAGGCUGAAGAGGGCUCCGUCGUCCUGUUCCUCUAACGAAACCGGCUCCUUCUCCGAGUCCCCAUGCAUCGUCCAGACCCUCCUGGUGUCGGCGUCCCGCAAUUCGGCCUGUUUAGCACAUCUGCUCAUUCAAGUGGAGAUUUAUGCCAACUCUUCUCUGGCCCAUAGUGCCUCAGAGAACGUGACGGCCAUCCCCGACCCGGUGCACCAGCCUCUGGGCCCGUGUCCCUGCAACCUAACCGCCGGGGCCUGCGACGUCCGCUGCUGCUGCGACCAGGAAUGCUCGUCCAAUGUCACCGCACUCUUCAGAGAGUCCUGUCUCACCGGUGUGUUUGGGGGGGACGUUAGUCCCCCUUUCGAUCAGCUCUGUUCUGCGCGGAGGCCGCCUGGGGCCCCCGGCUGGUUUCCCUUCCUGUGUGUGCAGUCCUCGCUGGCCAACUCGCCCUUCCUCGGUUACUUCCACCACGGGGCUGUGUCUUCCAGGCCGCACGCCGCCGCCUUUGACGCGUAUCUGCACACGGAGCCGAAGGACAUGUCGGACUCGGGGUACAAACAGGGAGACCCCGUAAUGACUGCCGCUCAGGCCUAUCUCACUGUGCCUCAGGUCUCCCUGGCUGGGCAGUGUGUGCGGGAUGCCCCGGUGGGAUUCCUGCAGAAUUUUGACGUUCGCUGCAUUACUGACCUCGACGCCUACGGGGAAGCAGACAGCGUCCUGGACGCCGGGAUAAAGGACGGCACUGCGGGAGGCAUCGUCAUCCCACACGUGGUCUAUGAGGAAGCGGCGGACCUGGGCCAGGUCCUCGCCGGCGCAGAGACACUUUUAAGUCCCGGAUCAGCCCCCAGGAACGUGACAGUGGAGGGACAUUAUCUCUUCCGAUGGAAUAAUCGUACCAUCAGUGAAAUGCACGUCAGGAUUGUCCGGGCCACGGUGCAUGCCCUCCAGAAAGGAACCAUGACACAGAGAUUUACUGUCAAGUUUUUAAGCUAUAACAGCGGCCACGAGAAGGAAAGAUCUGGAAACCCAGGUUACCAGCUGGGCAGGCCCGUGCGCGCCGCACACGCUGGGAGGAGGGACCCUGUGGCGGCCUUGAGCCUCUGGCAGCCAGCCGGGAGGGGUCUGUGCGCAUCUGCAACGCUCAGACCCGUGUUAUUCGGAGAAAACGCGCUCUCGGGGUGCCUCCUGCAGGUGGGCAUCGAGGAGAACUGCACUCGGCUCCGGGACAAGGCUGCGGAAAUACUUGAUUCAUUAAUACAAGCAACUCACGUUGCAACGAGAGGCAACUCCGACGACCGGGACCUUGGUGACGGCUGGCUGGAGAUCACGGCCGCCCCUGACCCAGGCGCAGACCCGGCUGGUGGCAGCGGGAAGGGCACCUGCACGGAGGUCCCUGCGCAGCUGAGCAUCCGCAUCCUCACCUGGGACGCGGGCGCCGUGGAAGGCAUCGCCCAGCAGGAGAUCCUGGGCGCAGAAAAGAGGGUCUCCUCGGUGACCUGGCGGCCCCAGUGCGGGCUGACGUGUGAGCAGGUCGGCCUCUUCCCCCUCAGCGCCUCCGUCCAGUUCAUUCAGGUCCCUGCCCGGCUGCCCCGGCCCCUGACCAGAUUCCAGAUCAAUUUCACAGAGUACGACUGUGACAGAAAUGAUGUGUGUUGGCCGCAGCUUCUGUAUCCCUGGACCCGGUAUUACCAAGGGGGCCUUCUUACGCUCGGUGUGUGGCCAAGGGCUUGCUGCUGGCCGCCUUCUCCGUGGUGGCCCUGCUCCUCAGUGACCCCCGGACCAGAGGACGCAGAGCGUGACCUCCGCCACUCCGGGCCCUCAGACCAGACUCUUCGCCCGCGAUUUGCUGCACUCCGGGUGCUGUUUUAGUGAGCGGAGGGUUUGUUUUUGUAGGAAAUGCCCGUCAAGCGCUCUGUGGGUCUUUCACCCACGGAGCUAUCCCGACGGGCAUCUCGCUGCCGGGCCAGACCCAGCAGCGGGCACGCGGGUCCGGGCUGCCUCCUGGUCAUCAGAAGCGUUCGUUUAUCCCAAAUUACUCAAAGUCACAGGAGCUUUGGUCCAAAUAUGUUAUUUGUACCUUAGAGACAAUUAUUUCAACUUUUUAUAUACAGUGUCCCAAAAAGUGUGUACACACUUUAACAGCUGGUAGCUCAAUUUUUGAAAAUGAAAUGUAUUUUAAUAAACACUGCCUCUA